AUGGAUCAAGAACGCAUUGCCGUUUUUUUAUGUAUUAGACGUCUCGAAGAUCGAAUUGGUCCAAUCGGUUACAAAAUAGAAAAAUUUAUUUGGGGUGAUGGUCGAGCAUUACACGCAUUUUUGAUGAUAUGGCCAUUAAACGACAAUCAUUUAACGGUAAUUGAAAUCGGUGUGACCAGUUCGAAAAAAAUGAUAUUGGAUAUUCAACAAGUUGAUGAUUUUUUACCAUCAAUUGUACAAAUAGAAUUUCUUGGAGUAACUUCGUAUAAAUUAAAAAAUUUGAUUAAUGAUGCUAAACUUUAUACUAAACUGAAUCGACACUAUAAUGCCAUAUUUAAUAAUUGUCGUUCACUAGUCGAAUGUUUACUCUAUAAAAUUCCAGAAUUUAAUAGUUUACCACGUAAAAAACGAUCAGUACUUGAAUAUUAUCAUCAACAAUCAAAAUUAAAUUAUCAGACAAAAACAAAACGACAAUUUCAAACAAAUAAAAAACAAAAAUUAUAUAAAUCGAUCAUACACAGUUUACAAGUAUCCAGUGUGGAUGUUUUAACCAAGUCAGAUGACUCAUAA